GCCAAAUGCUCACUACAUGAUUCCGGAUCCGCCGUUCUAUAAUCCACAGUGAACUCUCUCUCUCUCUCUCUCUCCUUCCUUUUUGUUCUACACAAAAGUGAGAUAGUGCAGCAGAUUCAAAAAGCUUUAUCUACUUUUCACUUCAUAAAAAUCAUCAUCAGCUGAUGCUUUUGCAACGUCUCUGUUCAACCCAUUCUUCUGCGCGGUUUCACAUUCUACCUAGCUAGUGUUGAAGUUCUUGAUGUGAUAUUUUCUUCCUUAUAAGGAUUUAUCUUCAUCUGAAAAUACUAAAAAAUGGAGAAAGCAUCCCCUGAUUGUCCAUACCCAGGAUGCUUCUUCUGUGUCAUGAAGGAAGGAAACCCUAGUAAACGCAGAUCAAGUAUACUCAAAUUCUUUCGCGAACUUCCUUCACAAGAUGAUGAUGGCCAGGUUCUCCCUAUCAGUGGCCUUUGGAACACUGCCAUGGCACAUCCCAAUGAUCCGGAGUUUAUUGAACUAGGAAUAUUUGAGUGCAUGUCAGCGUUGAUUUGGAAAGGCCUAAAAAAUCGCCGAUGGCUAUCUCACGACCAAAAUAUAUACAUUCCCUAUUAUGCUGCACACAUAAUUGGGUCCUACACUAUGAACAUGGAAGAAUUUGCCGAAAGCGCAGUGCACUCUGGGGUUAUCCCACCUUUAGUUGAACUUCUAAGAGGGAGGUUGACUUGGGUUGAACAGAGAGUGGCCGUGCGGGCCCUUGGCCAUUUGGCUACAUAUGCCAGCACUUUCCCAUCUGUGGCCAGUCAUGGUGAGAUCCUUGAGCUUUCCAUUCAACUAGCGAUGAGUUCGCUUGAAAUCGUGUAUUCCCACUUUUACCAGUUUGUUGACAGAAGGCUGAGUUAUCACUGCGACCUACUUACGAGGGGAAUGGGCGGCGUUGAAAUGGAGUCAAGAAAGGCAGAAGAAUGGGCUAGUCAGUUGCAGUGUUGGUCCCUUCAACUUAUUAAUUGCUUCGCUUUCAAAUCAGAGUUUCUUUCUACUAUUUGCAAACCGGAGUUUCUGGUAAAACUUCCGGGCAUGUGGGGUGGGCUUGUUAAUGAAACCUCACCAGCUGGUAUUGGUUUGUUGAGGACAAUUUGUCAUCAUAAGCUGGGCAGGGGACCAGUUGCCAGCUGUCCUGGUAUUAUUGAAGCGCUGUGUAAUAUUGCGUGCUCAUCUGAUGAUUGGCAAUAUAUGGCUAUUGACUGUCUUCUGUGGCUGCUUCAAGAUCCGAGUACCUGUCUUAAGGUGAUUGAUAAGGCAGUACCUGCACUUGUGGAUCUUGCGGAGAUCUCAACUUUGGGGGACCACAAAAAACUUGGGGAUUCCAUUGUUAAUGUUCUUCAGGAAUGUACCCAAUCUCAAGGAACAGGGCGUAACUCUGUCAGCAGCCGCACGAAAGACCAGAUUGAGGAAAUUGUAAAUUCCAGACACAGGUUGAAAUGGGAAAAGAACAUGCCCAAAGAGGAUCUCCAUAUCAAACAGGCGGCAGCGCUUGUAGUGAAGCUAGAAGGAAAUUCAUUGUUUUCAGCAGGAAAUAUAUCUGGAGCAGCAUCAAAGUACUCUGAAGCCCUGGCACUUUGUCCAAUGCGUUCCAAGAAAGAAAGAGUGGUUUUAUACAGUAAUCGAGCUCAGUGUCAUCUUUUGUUGCAACAACCCUUAGCUGCCAUUAGUGAUGCCACACGUGCGCUUUGUAUUCAUAACCCUGUGAAUCGUCAUGCCAAAAGCCUUUGGAGAAGAGCUCAGGCUUAUGAUAUGAUUGGGUUAGCUAAAGAGAGUUUAUUAGAUGCUAUUCUCUUCAUAAACGAGUGCUCCCAGUCAACUGAUCCUGACCUUUCUUUAAGGCAAAAUAAGGUACCUGACUAUGCUGAGCGUUUGGUCAAGAAGCAGAUGCGUGCCGCUUGGUUAUUUAGAGAUGCCGCCGUUAAGCAUGGCGGAGUUCACUGUGACGGUGAUGGUGGGGAUAUCUAUGGCCAAGAGACUGAUGAUUCUGAGUGGGAGACGGCAAGUGAGAGUGAUAUGGGAAAUGAUGAUCAGGGAAAUGGUGAUUGGAAGAAUGAGGAUGAAAGGAAUGAUCAUUAUGAUAAAGCUUCAAUAAAAGGCAUGAAGCAUGGAUACAAUGUGCAGCUUAUGGAGGAUGAUGAGCCAUGAAUUCCAACGGUCAGAGACUUUCCUCUGUGGUAGCAGGCCAGCAGAGGACUUCUCAUGGUUUUGUUUAAAUUCGAGUUGUAUACAUGGUAUAUUUGCUUUCUGCCAGUCUUUUUGUGGUCAACUACUGUGUAAGAAAUUGUAAUAGGAGGAAAGUAAUGAAAAGUUAUGUCUAGAGCUUGUGAAUUGUAUCGUUUUUUGCCUUUUGGAUUCUAAUGUUUUAUUGUGUUUUUGAGUGAUUCAAGGGGCUUGUGAAUGUAAACCCUCUUGGGGAUUUUGGUUGAACUACCAUCUAUUCCUAUGUGCUUGAUAAUUACAAAUUUGUUAUGUA